CAUUAAGGGAGCUUUCGCAGGCAUUAAACUCUUCAGAGUCUGGAUCCCACCACCACUGUGAGGAUUGUUGCUAUGGAUGUUUCUAUGGCAGCUUCAUUUCACAUCACCACUGUUGCGUGCCUUGUUUCUGGAAAUCCCCUUUAAGUGGAAGUGAAAGUGAAAGUAAAUCUUUGUGUUUUUCUGCAGUCCGGGUCUGGGUGAGUCUGGGCGUCUCUGCACUCUUGCUAUUAAUAUAUCUGAGUAAGAGGGUCUUCAUUAUUUACAUUUGAGUCAGUGUGAGUAUCGCUAUCUUUCUCGGUAUAAAACAAGAGACGCUUCCUUUAGACGCUUUAACACGAAGAACCAGGAAACAAGAACUCUCUCUCUCUCUUUGAGCUGCUGCACAAGACUUUGGUGUUCCUUGUUGUUGCUGUAAAAUGGCAGAGGCCAGUAUUUCAGUGGCUCAGGACCAGUUCAGCUGUCCAGUCUGCCUCGAACUACUGAAGAAUCCGGUGACCAUUCCCUGUGGACACAGUUUCUGUAUGGUGUGUAUUCAUGACUGCUGGAAUCAGGAGGAUCAGAAGGGAACCUACAGCUGCCCUCAGUGCAGAAACUCCUUCACCACGAGGCCUGUUGUGGGUAAAAACGCCAUGCUGGCUGACAUUGUGGAGAAAAUGAAGGAGGCAAGGCUCCAGGCUGAUCCUCCUGCUCGCUAUAUUUCUGGACCUGAAGACGGAGACGUGGAGUGUGAUUUCUGCACCGGACAAAAACAGAAAGCCUGCAGUUCCUGUCUGGUGUGUCUGGCCUCUUACUGUGAAACUCACCUCCAGCCUCACUACGAAUCUCCCGCCUUUAAGAAGCACAAGCUGGUCGGAGCCUCCAGACGACUCCAGGAGCAGAUCUGCUCUCAGCAUGAGAAGCUGCUGGAGGUCUACUGUCGCACUGACCAGCAGUGCAUCUGCAUGCUGUGCACCAUGGAUGAGCACAGAGGACACGAUACAAUAUCAGCUGCAGCAGAAAGAGCAGAGAAACAGAAGCAGGUGGUGGAAUCUCAGAGGAAUUACCAGGAAAGGAUCCAAGAAAGAGACAGGGAGCUUCAGGAGCUGAGGAAGGCUGUGGAUAUUCACAAGCGCUCUGCUCAGGCCGCAGUGCAGGACAGUGAGAGGAUCUUCACUGAGCUGAUCAUCUCCAUUGAGAGGAAACGCUCUGAGGUGUCAGAGCUGAUCAGAGCUCAGGAGAAAGCUGCAGUGAGUCGAGCUGAAGGACUCCUGUGGCGACUGGAGCAGGAGAUCGCUGAGCUGAGGAGGAGAGACGCUGAGCUGGAGCAGCUCUCACACUCAGAAGAUCACAUCCAUUUCCUCCAGAGUUUCCAGUCUCUCUUGGCUCCUUCUGGAUCUGAAGACGUACCCACCAUCACUGUCAGUUCUGACCUCUCUUUUGAGGAGGUAGCGAAGUGUGUAUCUCAGAUUAAAGAGAAGCUGGAAGAAUUAUGGAAAGAGGAAUUCAAAAAGGCAUCAGUUGAAGUGAAGCAAGUGCAUAUCAUUCCUCCACCUGAACCCCAAAACAGAGAAGACUUUUUAGAGUAUUUCUGCCAGCUCACACUGGACCCCAAAACAGCAAAUAAUCACCUCCAUCUGUCUGAGGGGAACACAGUGGUGACCUACAACGACAGCGUCCAGUCUUAUCCUGACCAUCCAGAGAGGUUUGAUGAGUGGCGUCAGGUGAUGUGUCUAGAGAGUGUGAGAGGACGCAGUUACUGGGAGGCUGAAUGCGGCGGAACUGGAGGGGUUGAUAUAGCAGUGACCUAUAAAAGUAUCAGCAGGAAGGGGAAAGGUAAUGAGUGUUUGUUUGGAUGGAAUAACCAGUCGUGGCGACUGCUCUGCUCUUCUUCUGCAAACAAAUUCCGACACAAUAACCAAGACACCGACAUCCCCAAAGGCUCCUCUAGAAUAGGGGUCUAUGUGGACCACAGGGCAGGAACUCUGUCCUUCUACAGCGUCUCUGAUACGAUGACCCUCCUCCACAGAGUCCAGACCACAUUCGCUCAGCCGCUCUACGCUGGGUUUGGGUUUGGUCUUGGAUCAUCAGUAAAUCUAGCUCUUCCACCAAAAUAGAUGUGCACAUGAAUAAGCAAUGAAAAGGUACAUAUGGGCAUGAGCGACUAGCUUGAUGAGAUGUGGUACGGAUCCCUCAGAUACUGGGUUCCACACUCUUCAGCUCAUCCCACAGGUUUUCCGGGGGGUUUUUCAGUCAAGGGACCGGGAUGGAAUCGAAUCUUAGUUCGGUGGUCAGUGAACAAUUGUUGUGUUGAUUUUGAGGUGUCUUUUCUAACCACAGACCAGAUUAAGGUUCUUGGCUGAGGCAAUCAAGUGUUGACUUAAUGUUUGUUGGUACUUGAUGGAGUCCAUCAUACCAUCUGAACAAGUUGUUGUCCAGGGCUUUGGGAAGAACAUCACAUACCACUUAUGUCCACCACCAUACUUCACCAUGAGGACGAGGUCCUUGAGCUAGCCUUGAAUAUAGGGUCAAUAGAGACUUGCGUCCCCUUCCCAUCAGAUUCUUAACAUGCCCAGUUGAUUUAAACUUCUUACGCAUUUCCCUCUGAGAUGAAAUGAGCAUUUCAAUACGUUUAGCUACUUUCUUGUAGCCAUUUCCUCAUUUGUGCAGCUGAACAACCUUUUGCUGUAUCGUCACCUCUUAUUUAUGCCCCAGUCAAACAGGCAGUGCUCCUACUUGCUCAGGUGAGCUUUGAUGCAUAACAUAUGAAUGUGAAUGGACUUUAAUUAGAUAUUAAUUUCUAGGGGUGUUAACGAUUGUGGCACAUAUAGAUUUGAGAAAUAAUAUUUAUGAACAUGUCAAACAAAUGUACUUCAGUAUACUGCACUGCAUUAUACCGAAACAGCAGCUGUUAAAUCGACUUACGUUUAACAUAUUUAUUUUAUUCUAUUCCAAGUUCAUGCAAUAAUAAAUAGUAGGGCUCAAACAUGUGCCAAUAUAAAAGAAUGCACAUAAAAUAAUAAAAUUAGCACUAAAUGAUUUCUGUAUUUUUUUAAAUGAGAACAAAAGUAAGUAGCCACUUCCGGUGUGAUCUGGAUCAGUGAGAAGGUUGGAUUAAGUGUAUGAAAGUCAUUUUCAAGACAAGUGAAAAUGGAAGGUUCUGCUCAAGGUUCUAGCAAGAUGUCCUGUUUUGUCUUGGAUGCAUGUCUAUGAGGCAUUUUACACAUUAAAUAAAAUUAAUAAACCACGCCUGGAUAUAACACAUUCGCACUCUUUUAUUUUGGCUUUAUAAUACAACAGUGAGCUAUAUUUCAUAAACUUUCAGGCUACAGGGCAAAAAUAUGCAUCUAGUGAUUGUGAAAAUGAACCUUGGCCCUGAACAUCCCGGAAAAGACUGUAUACAGUCCCCCCACCACCCCCCACCCCCAUUUGUUUACAUUACGCAUUGACAUUUGCACAAAACAUGCCUUUAAAUACAAUCCAUUAAAAUUCAUAUAGACAUACCGUCCAUUCAAAUUCUUCUCUCAACUGUUAUUAGUAGUUGUUAGAUACCUAGAAUGCAGUGUAAUGUAAUAAGCCUGACUGUGUGUGUAAGUGUGUGUGUAAGUGCUCUGUUGCUAUGAAAUUGUAAUCAGCAUUAUUGAUUUUUUCACAUUGUUUUAGUCCAGCUAAAUGUAAAAAGUUUAUUUUCUAUAUUCUGCUUUUGGGUGGUUCUGUAAUUUGCAGAAUUCUGUGUGUUGGAUUGUAAAUGACAAAUUUAAAAUGACAAUGAAGAACAAUGAAGUUUUGCGCAUCAGUUCCUUUUUAGAAUUUUUGAAUCUCAACUUAUCAACACAAUUUAUGCAACUGUACUUUGCACUGUCAAUGCAAUAAUUGUAAAUGAGUGUCAUUUCGCAAAUGAACUAAUUAAAUAUGAUUUGAGUUCAAAUUCAA